ACAGAUUCUCCUUGGCAACUCAUAACGCGGAAGUACGAAAAGAAAAGCAGAAAGCAGACGACAAAAGUUAGAGCAACAGGUGUGUCUGUCAUUUAGUGAAAAGCUCCCGAAUACAUUGUCAGCAACAUGGCUGCGCGCAUUGUGAUGUGUGAACCGACAGAACUGUAUAACAUCCUCCAGCAGGCCACAUCAUAUCCGUGUCUCAGUGAUCCUAACUACCUGCUAUUGCUCGAUGCCAGGCAAACAAAUGAAUACAAUGAGAGCCAUAUCAUCACAGCAAAGAAAGCUCCAAGGUCUCCUUCAGGUGAAUUUCUUGUACCGUAUGAUGGUGAACUGGAGUGCAAGAUGCAUGUUGUAGUGCUGGACAGCAAGGCACACAGUUUAAAAGAUCAAGGAUCAGCUGUCGCUUGCGCCCUAGUCAUGUCAGAAAUGGGAAGUAGGAACCCGGUCAAAAUCCUUCGAGGGGGAUACGAGGAGUUCUCCGCCCUCUACCCAUUCCUCCGAACCCAGAAGAUCAUCUACAUGCCGAGGGAGCUGGAUGAGCUUGUGCCUUACCCCGUCGAGGUCCUACCGGGACGGUUGUAUCUUGGGGAUUGUCGGCAGGCAUGCAGGACUUCUGUCAGGAAAGAAUUAAAGAUCAAGGCAGUGGUGUGCCUGACGACUGAAGCCAAUGAACUAGCCAGUGAUCUGAACAGUGAUCAGCUUCUUCAAAUUCAAGUCUCAGAUGAUGAAGAGGGCGACUUGGAUCCACACUUGAACCCAGCAUGCCAAUUUUUAGGUAAAGUCAUCGGUGCAGACCAAGCUGCUUUGGUAUGUAGUGACCACGGACUUAGCCGCAGUGUCAGCGUGGUGCUGGCUUACCUCAUGGUGUUCUACAAAUGGUCACUGAAGGAGGCUCAUAAACAUCUGCUGGAUUGUAAGAGUAACAUCCGUCCACAUCGAUCAUUUGUACAUCAGCUCUCCAAAUGGGAGAAGACGGUAUUUGGCGAGACGCUAACCGAUGUUAGCGAUCCCAACUUCUAAACUGAAUUUCAGAAUUAA